GCAGGCCCGGGCCGGGCCAGUCGGGGGGCGUCGCGAUGCUGCUGCGCCUGCUGCUGGCCUGGGCGGCCGCGGUGCCCGCGCUGGGCCAGGCCCCCUGGACGCCCGAGCCCCGAGCCGCCUGCGGCCCCCGCAGCUGCUACGCGCUCUUCCCUCGGCGCCGCACCUUCCUGGAGGCCUGGCGGGCAUGCCGUGAGUUGGGGGGCGACCUGGCAACGCCGCGGACCCCGGAGGAGGCCGGACGUGUGGACAAGCUGGUGGGCGCCGGACCGGCCAGCGGGCUGCUGUGGAUUGGGCUGCAGCGCCAGGCUCGGCAAUGCCAGCCGCAGCGCCCACUGCGGGGCUUCACGUGGACCACUGGAGACCAGGACACGGCCUUCACCAACUGGGCCCAGCCAGCCACCGGAGGACCCUGCCCGGCCCAGCGCUGUGCAGCCCUUGAGGCCAGUGGGGAGCAUCGCUGGCUCGAAGGCUCGUGCACGCUGGCUGUGGACGGCUACCUGUGCCAGUUUGGUUUCGAGGGCGCCUGCCCGGCCUUGCCGGUUGAGGUGGGCCAAGCCGGUCCAGCCGUCUACACUACGCCUUUCCACCUGGUUUCCAGCGAAUUCGAGUGGCUGCCCUUUGGCUCCGUGGCUGCCGUGCAGUGCCAGGCUGGCAGGGGAACCUCUCUGCUUUGUGUGAAGCAGCUGUUGGGUGGUGUUGGUUGGUCCCACACUGGGCCCCUAUGCCCAGGGACUGGCUGUGGGCCAGACAACGGGGGUUGUGAACACGAAUGUGUGGAGGAGGUGGAUGGUCAUGUGUCCUGCCGAUGCGGCGAAGGUUUCCGUCUGGCAGCAGAUGGGCACAGUUGUGAAGAUCCCUGUGCCCAGGCCCCCUGUGAGCACCAGUGUGAACCUGGUGGGCCACAAGGCUACAGCUGCCACUGUCGCCUAGGCUUCCGACCAGCUGAGGAUGAGCCACACCGCUGCGUGGACACAGAUGAGUGCCAGAUUGCUGGUGUGUGCCAGCAGAUGUGUGUCAACUAUGUUGGUGGCUUUGAAUGCUAUUGCAGUGAGGGUCAUGAGCUUGAAGCAGAUGGGAUCAGUUGUAGCCCUGCAGGAGCCAUGGGAGCCCGGGCUUCCCAGGACCUUAGAGAUGAGUUGCUGGAUGAUGGGGAAGAAGGGGAGGAUGAAGAGGAGGCCUGGGAAGUCUUUGAUGGUACCUGGACAGAGGAGCAGGGGAUCCUAUGGAUGGAGCCUACACAGCCACCUGACUUCGGCUUGGCCUAUAGACCCAACUUCCCGGAGGAUGGAGAGCUGCAGAAACCGCACCCAGAUCCUACCUGGCCACCCCCACUCAGUGCUCCCAGAGACCCCUACCACUCCUCAGUGGUCUCUGCCACUCGGCCCAUGGUGAUCUCUGCUAUGAGACCCACACUACCUUCUGCCCAUCAGACCCCUAUUAUCUCGGCCACACACCCACCGCUGAGCCCUGCCCAUCCACCCCCCAUGGUCCCUGCCACACACCCAGCUGUGCCCCCUCAGCACCAGAUCCCCACAAUCAAGACCGACUAUUCAGACCUCCCUUUUGCCCACCAGCCCCGGAUUGUCUCUGUCCCUCACCCAGCUCAUCCCACUGCCUACCAACCCCCCAUUAUCUCAGCCAAAUAUCCUCAAAAGUUCCCUGUCCACCAGUCUCCUAUGUUUCCAGACACCCAGACUACUGCUCAUUUGCCCCGAAUCCCACCUAACCUUGCCCCUGGCGAUACCACCCCCAGACCCCGUCAAUCUCCUCUGAUCCCAGAUGUUCCAGGCCAUAGAACCCAGGCUCCCCAGCUUCACAUUCUCUCCACUGUCCAGCCCUCUCUGUCCACCACCUCUAGGCCUCACCAAGCCCCUAUGCCUUCUGACACCCAGCUCCCAGUCCUCCCUACUCCCCUGUCCUCUCAGAGCCCCACUAACCAGACCUCACCUAGCAGACCAAUGCAUCCCUAUUCUAGAGCCCCCCAAGUCCCAAGGAAAGGAGUUCCCAGUCCCAAGUUGGUCUCAUGGCUACCAUCAGUGGUCCCUACAGCAGCUCCAACAGCCCUGGCAGAGGCCGGUCUGGCAGGCCGAAGCCAGAGGGAUGAUCGGUGGCUGCUGGUGGCACUCCUUGUGCCAACGUGUGUCUUCUUGGUGGUCCUGCUUGCACUGGGCAUUGUGUACUGCACCCGCUGUGGCCCCCAUGCGCCCAACAAGCGCAUCACUGACUGCUAUCGCUGGGUCACACAUGCUGGGAGCAAGGGCCCAACAGAACCCAUGCCCCUAGGAGGCAGUCUCACAGGGGUACAGACCUGCAAAACCAGUGUGUGAUGGGGUACACAUGCCCCCCCUCACCCCCACGGGGUAAGGGGAAAGUGACAUAUGUUGGACAUAUGGCUGAGGUUGUACCAGGGACCCAUGGGGUUUACCCAGCUGGACAGAGGGCAUCCUGCUGCCUGGGCCCAGCACUCAUGGCAAAGGACACACCAAGGCCUCCAGGACCUCAGGGGGUGGGUGCUGGGGUCUUCUCCAAUAAAUGGGGUGCCAACCUCACCCAAA